ACCACCACAUUCGAGGCCAAGAUUAGAUAUCGCUUGCCAAAAAGUCGGCGGCCCGGGAACUUCAGGUCCCGCUGCAUGCAGACAGGAUCCGCUACAGGGUAGCUACCCGACUUCCUAGGCUUGAUGGGGCAAAGCUCCGACGUCACUUUCUUGAGCUCCAAGGCUGCGACACGAGCUCCAAGAGAGACAAACUCUGAAUACAAGCGAGUGAGCUGUCAUCCAACGUCCAUGUGACAAUAUCGACGUGCCCCUUUCCAACCUCAGAAUCUGCAAUCUUGGCUCGGUCUCCCACCAACCACAGACCUCACGAUGCCAACCUAAACCCACGAACUCUCAGACACCUCCCAUCCCAACUCUAACAUGGAUAUCCAACCCACCACCUCCCGUCUCCGCCGCACCUUCGCCUACCCCACCGACUCCGACACCACGUCCUCCUCCCCCGCGGACCUCGCCCUCGACGAGCAAGAACAAGAAGAGCUCAUCUCGCAACUUGCGGCGCAAAACGACUUCCGCAAUGCCCAGUUCCGGCGCUUUCUGUUCCUGCUACCCAUCCUCUCCACAAUACCCUACUUCAUCUCACUCUUCCACCCUUCCGGCCGCGUGGACGCCAUGGUCGCCAUGCUAGCCCUGAGCUCGCUCGGUUCGACGGGCUGGAUGCUUUAUCGGCUGCCGCCAGGUGUAACUGGGGUGGCUUUGUUGGAUGCGUGGAUAGGCGGUCCUAGAUAUGGUUCCAAUUCAAGUUCUGGCUUGAGCUCGAACGUAGGAGGAGAAGGAAGUGGAUCGAGGAGGAAUCAUAGAGGACGGCGCAGUAGCUUCUCGUUUGCCCAGGAGCCCCACAGAUCGCCAUUGGAGACGUACUUGCCAUAUCUGAAUAUAGGACUAUGCGCUGUGCUGAUCUUGACGGGUUUGCUGUCGAAGCCUCACGCGCCACAAUCGUGGGGACAUGUCGGGCUGGGAAACUUGCCGGCAGUGGUGUAUGCGGUUGUACUGGCAGCGAAAGCGGUCAUGGGCGGUGUUGAUCCGGAGAAGGAGUUGAGUGAGCUCAAGUAUGAGUAUAAGGGUGCAUAAGGUGGUCAGGGAUCUAUUUCGGAUCUGCGCUACACGAGCAUACGAAGUGUAGGGAGACAAACCACGACAGGGGUGCAGCCAGUCUUGAUGGAGUAACAGAGCUUUGCAUUCGGCUAUUCUUAUUCUAACUCCUGAGUUUGUGUGAAUUUCUAUAUUAUAUUGACGAAAACAAUAUAUCUUCAGAGCACAUGCAUACAAAUAGCCCCCCCCC